AUGAAGCUCCAAUGGGCCUCAGGACUCCUUCUCGGGGCUGCUGUCAACUAUGUUGACGCCUCCGCCUCCUCCCAUCUUCCGAAUUUUGCUACGGAUUCGAAGGAUAUCGUUUUUCCCACAAAAAGUGCCAUUGUCCCCGAGGAAUACUGCUGGCAAGCAAAACCUCAUGGGGGCAGCCGCCUCAACUCAACCAACUUCGUCGCGAAUUGCUCUAGUGAGGAAAGCGCAUCCACCAAGUGCGACAAUGUAUUUGACAGCCAGGUCGACACGUACUGGAGCAGCACCGCCAACACUGGAACGCAACAUAACUCGAUCAUCAUCGACCUGCGCUCGAAGCAGAAUGUGAACGGCCUCAGCAUACUGCCUAUCAUGCGUGAUGACGCUCGUGGACAGAUUGGCAAGCACGAGGUUUUCCUCAGCAAGAAUGGAUGCAAUUGGACAAGAGUUGCAUACGGACUCUGGGGGUGGAACAAGAGCAUGAAGCUCGCUGUCUUCGAACCGAUCGUCGAAAUCGCCAUCUACGCCGCCGGGUACACUACCCCUGUCAACCCAUCUAUUGGUACUUGGGGCCCAACCCUCGAUUUACCCAUCGUUCCCGUGGCAGGUGCCCACGCGGCAGUAAACCAUAAUGACCACGGCAAUAUCAUCCUUUGGUCGGCCUGGGCUGACGAUCAAUUCUUUGCUUCCCCCGGUAGCGCAACUUUCACGACAACAUGGGAUCCUGAGGACCUGGUCUUUGAAGGUCCCGAUGAGCCCGAGCGUUUGGCCCCUGAAUACAAACCUCCCGGAACCCAGUCUGUUGCCAAUGAUAGCUGGAUAGUCGACGGGCAAGGAUGGCAAAAUGAAAUAUCUCAGCCUCAGAUCAAAGGCCUCGACUCCCCCCAAAAAGGUGACCAAAGCAGCAUUCCCCCAGGUUGGGUCAUCACUGGCCUUGAGGGUGACAAAGCGGCACAACCAGCCUGGGCCACGGAAGGCAGUUUCCUUGUUUUCCGUGAGAUUGAGGAGAAGGUCCCGGACUUUGUGAAAGAGGUGCCCCAAAAGAUGUCAUCAUUCAAAGAUGGCACGGGUGAGAAGCUUGCGGCUUAUUUGAUGGGAAGAUGGAAGAACGGCUCCCCGAUUGAGCUAGACCCUAAAGGCGAUAAGCCGGAACAUAUUUUUGCGAACAACUUUGAUUUCGACCACAGACGUUCUAACGCGAAGAACACAAAGUGUCCUUUCGCCGCUCACAUUCGCAAGAUGCGUCCUAGAGCAGACCUCUACAUUGACACAGAUGACUCGGAUGACUCGGACGACGAAGAAGUCAUCGCCAACCAGCAAGUGAUAAACUCCAACGCUAUCAUUCGUCGUAGUAUCACCUUCGGUCCUGAAAUUGAUGAGACUGAAGAGAAGGAAAGGACAACGCACAGACGCGGCAUCUAUUUCCUCUGUUACCAGAGUUCCAUUCGUAAUGGAUUCAACUUCCUGGUGACCCCAACAAAGUCUUUCCUCCAAACACCAAACAAGGGUAUCGACAAGCACAUUCAGAGCCAGUUGGCAAUGUUAUAG